AUGUCUCAUUUUAAUCAAAAGAGGUUGCCAGGUGUAACACCAUUACAUAGACAAAGAUUAAAGGGAAAUUUAUUAAUAUUUGGAGGUUUAACAGCAUUUUCAAUUGCAGUAUACAGUUAUUCGAUGUGGAAAAUGGCUGGUGAAGAUUUUAAAGAAUACAAUGACUUUGGUAUUAAAAAGGAUGAUGUAGAUUUAACUAAAAUGAAAAGAAAACCAAGAUCAAAUGAAUAA